AUGAGCGCGACGAUAGAUUCACAACCAGCUGUCGAUCAGUUGAUCGAGCACGAUGGAAAGUCAUACAGCACCAUCAAGGAGGGUCUAGCAUACAUUCUGGUCCCGCCAAAUGCACGUACCGAGCAGGAUCCCAAGUCGAAGAAGAAUCACAAGGACGACGAUAGUGAACAACAAGCACAAAGUGUCUUCUACAACCCCAUUCAACAAUUCAACCGUGAUCUGUCCGUCCUCGCAAUCAAGGCUUUUGGCGAGCACAUGUGUGCUGUUAGAAAGCAAGCCCACGACAAGAAGGUCGAACAGAGUGCCAAGAAGAGGGAACGAAAGAGACAGGCCGACGACAAUGCUGGAGAUGACAAGAGGAGGAAGGGCAAUGAUGGUGCUGCAGUAGCUCAAAAAGUACAAAAGGAUGGCGAGUCAGAGUCCACGACAACAGCAGGAACCCAAGAAGCACCCAAGAAGUACAAGCCCAAGUUCCGUAUCCUGGACGCCCUCUCGGCUUCUGGCCUGCGUGCCCUGCGUUACGCCCAAGAGAUACCAUUUGCGACCACUGUUGUCGCCAACGACAUGUCACCAGCUGCUGUCGAGGCCAUUCGUCUUAAUGUGCAACACAACAAGCUGACCGACAAGAUCACGCCGUCCACUGGCAAUGCUAUCGGCCACAUGUAUCACGCUGCCUACUACACACCAACUCCAGAAGAUGGUCCCUCUGCACACACUCAGCAUAAAUACGAUGUUAUCGAUCUCGACCCCUACGGCACCGCUGCGCCUUUCCUGGAUGCUGCCGUUCAAGCGCUGAACGAUGGUGGUCUGCUUUGCGUUACAUGUACCGAUGCUGGUGUCUUUGCUUCUUGUGGUUACGUUGAAAAGACCUACUCACUCUACGGUGGUCUGCCUCUCAAGGGUCCUCACUCUCACGAAGCCGGUCUUCGUCUGAUUCUUAAUUCGAUCGCUAAGGCUGCGGCUGUACAAGGUAUUGCUAUCGAGCCGCUCUUGUCUCUCAGCAUCGACUUCUACGCCAGAGUGUGGGUGCGUGUCAGAAAGUCUCCCGCAGAUGUCAAGUUUCUGGCCGGAAAGACCAUGCUUGUACACCAAUGCGAUACUGGCUGUGGUAGUUUCCAGAUCCAGCCUCUUGCAAAACACGCUCCUCAAAAGAACUUCAUCAACUACAAGCACACGGCAUCUCUGUCUACGGGUGAGAGCAGGUGUCCUCAAUGUGGUUUCAAGACUCAUGUUGCCGGUCCUAUGUGGGCUGGUCCUUUGCACAAUCCUUACUUCAUCCGUCGUAUUCUGGACAUGCUUCCUGAUCUGGACAAGUCAACCUAUGGAACGACUACUCGCAUUGAGGGUAUGCUCACCUCCGCUCUGGACGAGCUUGAUACCCUGGAGAACAGCCUUCAGACUUUCAAGGGCGAGACCGAGGCUCCGUUCAUCCCUUCCAUCCCUGGACAUGUUACCGACCCUCACCCCUUCUUCUUCAUCCCUAGUUAUCUGUGCAAGGUUCUCCAUUGUCAAUCUCCAUCAGAAGCCGCCAUCAAGGGUGCGCUUCGUCAUGCUGGAUUCAUCGCCACUCGCUCACAUACCAAACCUGGUACCAUCAAGACAAACGCCAGCUAUGAUGCAAUUUGGGAGAUCAUGAGAGAGUGGAGUCGUCAAAAAGCCCCUGUGAAGGAAGGCAAGGUCGGCGACACUCAAGCCGGAUACAAGAUUCUGCAAAAGAUGAGAAAGGUAGAUCCAGCUGAGGAGAAGAAGGACAACGGCGAGGAGAGUGGAGAGAAGGAUGAGGCAGAACCCGCGACGCAACCCCCUGCCGAUAUCUUCAAGUUCAAGAUCAAGUUUGACGAGAGGCUAGGCAAGGACUAUCACAGCAAGAAGCUCAUGCGUUACCAGACUAACCCACGAGCAAAUUGGGGUCCCAUGAGCCGUGCCAAGGGCGCUAGCUAG